UCAGAGCCAGUCAUCGCUCAGAGACCAAGGGAGAAGCAUAUAGCUCAGAGCUCGAAAGGCCCAAAGAGACUAGAGAUCUUUGCUUCUCGCCGUGCAAUUGUAGUGUGACUGUUAUAGACUGUAAAGUGAGGAGAAAUGGCUCAUCUCAAGGUGCUGUCACCAUCUUCAUCACCCCUCAGUGAUCUCCUUGGACCUUUACCCACAGAAGAAGACGUCCAGAUGCCCACGUUAGAAGACCCUACAGAAGCCCUGACGCGAGCGGUGCUCCGUGGGCGAGUGGAGGAAGAAGUGAGAGCAGCUAGUCAAAAUAAUAUGGUAUUGCCGCCCACGCUGCUGGACCAAGUCGCUGAUCACGUCCUUUACCUCGCCAAGGAUGAACCCUGUGGUCUGAGAGGGUGUGUGCUAACGGUUCUCUGGCUGAUGGAGGAGGAACAGCAACUCGCUCAGGUCAAAGCUGACGCCCAUACUCCCACCACCCACCACCUCGUCCUCACUCUACGGCCGGACCCCGCCUCAUGGUACACCAAGAUGGCUAGAAUAUUUAGGUCACUCGGCAAGAGGCGCAUGGUCGUUUCACCUCAGUAUGACCUCAUCAAGAGGAGACUGUACAACUUCGAGGAUUAGGUUAGAUAGAGGCUCCCCACGUCUUGAAGCGGUUCGCCUGAAGUCCAUCAGGAGAAUUCUGGACGCAGAGACACGUUAGGCCCCGGCGUGAACAGAAGAGGAAGUUAUAAAUUAUUUAUUUCCCAAGAAGUGGACGCCGUUUUAGCCAAUCUAGAAGUGUCGAGCAUAGUUCGGACCGUUUUCAAGUUCGUGAGCUUCCCAAAGCUUAAAGGUUCACAAACUCAUAAUUUAUAUAUUUCGUGCAGCAGCAUCAUCAGAACCAUCCGUCUCCAUACGUAUCACUUGACAGACGGCACAAACUUCCACUCAUCCUUUUCUAAAAGGGACUCACUCAUCUCUCCAUACUCAUCUUUUGCAAGAUACUCGUAACAAGGGUCUGCGCACAGAAGCAAGAGGAGAAACUCUAUGGGUUCUCCACGCCGCUUUUGAAUGACACUUGCACAUCUCAGUUUGACUCAUUCAUCGCAGUUGUAUACCAUUGUUCAUUUUUUCUAUUAUUUGGUAAAAUACCUGAAAUGGAAUUAAUGAUCUCUUCACCAAAUAUUCAGAACGAACUUUUGUAUCUCAUUGUUUGUCAUAGCAGGUGGGAGCAAGACUCUCUGUCCUGUAAAUCCCCAGUCAGAAGAAUCUUCAUGUUGUACGCUCAAUAUGGUUUGAGUGAGGAUGUUAGAUUAGCAACAUUCAUGUUUGUGUGUUCAGGCCGGUAAGCGAAAAGGAAGAACUUAAGUGUUACAGACCGGUAAGCGUAAAGGUCAGAAAUGUGGGCACAGAUCUUGGUUUCUUAUGUUAUAAUCUUUAAUCUCUGGCAUUGUAUGCCAGUUGAUUCGUGAUAUGUUUACCCAUUUUUACUUCAUAUGGUUAUCAAUGAAUAAUGCUGGUUCAUUUUUAUCAUGUUACUUUUAUCUUCACAAUUAUGUUGAUGUCUAUUCAGUGUACAGUGUCUGGUUCUACAAAUGUAUUACUGUUUGUAGCUCACUGGCCCAGUUAUGAUAGUGAGUAACUUGUAAAACCCUUCUUCGCUCUACACGAAUGGGACUUGUUGGCUGCUAUUGGGUGCCGGCGGGGUCCUCUGUCUCCGUCGAGCCGUCUUGUUGCAGCUGUUACCGUCUCUGCGAAGGGGUUACAGAUUCCUAGUCGGGCGUUUCUGCCUUUGUGAUACAGUUGCUUUGUGAUAAUAUUUUUAUAUUGAGAAAAUAAACGUACAAAUGUUUGAAUUUA